AUGGCUUCUCUCACCCUGCUGCACCUGCUGCUCAUGAUCUCAGCUGUAAGUGCAUGGAGCUAUGAUCCCAACAGGUACAGGUCCUUCAGCGGAUCACAGACCUUCACCCCAAAAGGACAGAAUCCAGACGGGACUUAUGGGGUGGAACUUCGCAGCACACAAACGACAGUCUCCUGCUAUGUGAAUGACUACCAAUGCCUCUCUGGUAACUGCGGGUACCCGACCCAGACGACCAGCGCAACUGUUGCCUGGGAUUCCUAUGGUCUCAGAUGGUGUCAACAGGAGGUGGUGAAAACACUACAACUCAACAGCAACCUCCCGUUUGAGAUUAGGUACCCCUCUUAUUUCGAUUAUCGCUUUGGUAAGGGCUACUGGGUGUCAAAUGUCAGAAGCUCGUCGGCUGCCUGGAGAAUGAUGGCGCAUGUGGACCUGGGAACCCGAUCUGAUACUGGUGACUCUAACAGAUCUCCCAUCAUGACUGUGGUGCCAAUUCUCAGAGUACCCAGGAACUGCCCACGAUCAUUCAAUCUGACUGUGUUUGACCCUGAUGGUGACCACGUCAGAUGCAGGACGGCAUCAUCCUAUCCUGAGUGUGGGCUGUGUGGCCUGUCUGCAGGUUUCUCACUGGAUCAGGAGUCCUGCUCCCUACAGUAUUCAUACAGCGGUCGAACUGGUUACCAUCCCAUUGAGCUAGUGGUGGAGGACUUCCCCAACACACCCAUCACUCUGUCCUACUCUGACGGAUCCAGCAGAGCAAAGACACCGCCUUCAGCAGUAAGGGUUAGACGUGACCACGGAGCCACAGCUACAUGGACCACAGCUGCACCAACCACAGCUGCUCCAACCACAGCUGCUCCAACCACAGCUUAUCCAACAACAGCUGCUCCAACCACAGCUUAUCCAACCACAGCUUAUCCAACAACAGCUGCUCCAACCACAGCUUAUCCAACCACAGCUGCACCAACCACAGCUGCACCAACCACAGCUGCUCCAACCACAGCUGCACCAACCACAGCUGCUCCAACCACUGCUGCACCAACCACAGCUGCUCCAACUACAGCUGCUCCAACCACAGCUGCACCAACCACAGCUGCACCAACCACAGCUGCUCCAACCACAGCUGCACCAACCACAGCUGCACCAACUACAGCAGCACCAACUACAGCUGCUCCAUACACAGCUGCUCUAAGUGCACUUCCUCUGCAGUUUACUGUUCAGGUGGACUCACACUUUGCCCCUUCAUGCCUUGAUGGUGAUUACUUUCCCAUUUUCGUGUCACCAACUCCGAGAAAUGGAGUGAAUCUUCCUGCGUUUGUCAACCAAACCCUCGAAAUCAAAGUCAGAUCCAAAGCACAGUACACCACGAUUAAUGGCCUGAUUGUGACUGGACCAAAGGGAAUUUCAAAGCGGAGAAUCUCCACAGGAGAAUAUAUCAUAACAUGGACACCAAGUGAAAAUGAACUGAAUGAUCAUUUUCCUAUUUGCUUUGUGUCUGAAGCAACAGACAGAUAUGGCAGAGUCUAUCAGUCAGAGCUACGCUGUGUGACUGCUGACGUUGCACACCAUGAGACCAUCGUGACAUGCAAUGAAACAACAAUAAUGGUGGAAGUGGAGAAGUCCUACCUCAUCAGACGCAAUGAGGACAACUUGCAUCUCAUGGACUUCAACGAUGCAUCCUGCGACUUGACAACACACUCCAACAGUACCCACCUGGUGGCUGUCAUGUCGCUGAACACAUGUGGAACCUUCAUAGAGGAGGAUGAAGAAAACAUCAUCUUCAAGAACGAGAUCACAUCCGCUGAUCCAAAUGAAAUCAUUUCGAGGCAACACGACGUGGAGAUCGCCUUUUUCUGCGCCUAUCCAAAGCAGACCAACCUGACGCUGGGAUUCACCCACAAGAACCCAUAUGCCUUCACAGAGAGGGGCUUUGGUGCUUUCACCUUCGAGUUUGAAUUCUUCGAGAGCCAGCGCUUCAGAACAAAAGUUGAUAGCAGCACUUACCCAGUGGAGGUGUACCUCAAACAGAUGAUGUUCAUGCAGAUCGAGGCGACCACCUCCAUCCCCAACACAGAGCUGUUUGUGGAGUCCUGCAGGGCGACUCCGUACGACAACCCAAACUCUCCCAUCAGCUACACCAUCAUCGAGCAUGGGUGUGCGAGGGACAACACAGUGCAGAUCUACCCCAGCUCCAACUAUCAGUUCAGAUUUGGAAUGGAGGCGUUUGAGUUCAUUGGUGCUCAUGAACAGGUGUACAUCACAUGUUCGGUCAUCCUGUGUGAGACUGGCCUUCCCAACACCAGGUGCUCUCAGGGAUGCAUCAGUUCAGGGAGCCAUCGCAGCAAAAGGGACGUUGCAGGCCAGACUGCCAGACACUCCAUUUCCCAGGGACCUUUGCACCUGGUGAAAACGUCUGACAGCCAAGUGUCUGGCCCGAGCCUGAGUCUGGGCAUGAACCUGGUCUUCAUCGUUGGCUGCCUCCUGGUGUGUGGAGCGGCAAUCUACCAAUCCAGGAGGUCCAAAGCUAAAUACCAUCUCCUGCCAACUUCUGAGACAGACUGAAGACAGAGAGACUAUUUUGAUCCCCACUGAUGAUGAGAAAGAUUCUCAGCUACUGUGUAAAGCUUUCAUAGUCUGAGUUUUUUAUAUGUUUUUAUGAAGUACUGCUGCUUUGAAUCACCGUCGCUUCUCACAGCACCAGCACAGCGUCUGAAUGAAAAGUUUUUGGGUGUCUUUGCCUGAACACACGAAGACUUAUGAAUUUAUACUUUCAGGGGUUAAAGGCAACAUUUUAGUGACUUGAUGUGUCAGUUUACUGAUGAAGUAUUAUUCAAAUGUCUCUGCUCUUACUGAUAGUCUGUUAAUAGCUGUUAGUGUGUGUUGUGUGUCAUUAGAUGUGUCUCCAUUCACCUCUUUGCAUGCACAUUUUCAGUUUGUAAUAUCUCUAAAUAUCCUCAAAAAGUUUUUAUGCCUGGUGGAGGUGGAAAAGUUGGUGUAUGGAUUAAAGGUAAAUGUGUCUAAGUGCAAUGGAAACAGAUUCAGUGAAUAAAUGAUGACGUAGAGUCAUUGCACAGACCA